AUGCAAGAACUCUCAAAUCUCCGGGGGCAAGCCAUUUUUAGCAAUCGGUUGCAUCAAUUCGGUUGUUAUGAUUGGCUCGAUGAUGCCAACGGUCACCUUUCAAUAGAUGUGGUUGCAGUGGCAGUAGAGUCAGCUAUCACCGAUACAUAUCCAACAGUCUCAAACGCGGCCAGGGAGGUUUUUGCAGGCCGAUCAGUAGACAAUACAAUCUAUGGAGUUGCAAUUGACACAGUCUCAACAGUAACCAAUGGAGUCUUUACAGAUUCAGCUAUCAUCGAUGCAUAUCCAGCAGUCCCAAACAUGGCCAUGGAGGUUUCAGCAGGCCGAUCAAUGGAUGACACAAUCUUUGGAGUUGCAAUCAACGCGGUCCUAUCAAUCGCCGAUGGAGUGUUCGCAGAUUCAGCUAUCAUCGGAACCAGACCAGCAGGAUAUUCGGUUGCAAUCUGGACUGAUCUGAUGGGCUUGGUCACAACCGAAGCAGCAGACCGAUCAAUCAAUUAUGCCAUUACACUUCUAGAGGCUGACACAGUCUCUAAAAUCAUCAGAACAAGGUCAGUUGCAAGAAUCACUUUCGCUGAUUUAUGUGCUAAUACCAUCAAUGAAGAACCAGUCACGAGUGUCGCUGGACUAGAAUCGGUGUCUGAAUUCUCAAUGCAUGAUGGUUAUUUCAGUAUUUACAUUUGCAUCACCAACAAUACGCAGAUUCUAGACAAAUCCAACUGGCUGAUGAUUCUGCAGUUGCCCAUCUACAAUGAGACACAUCAACUUAGAGUUGUUUGUUCCAUGAAUCCUUACACACUCAGUCCAGAAGGUAUGGGUUCUUGUCAUGUUGAUUCACGUUUUCAGUUUGGUUCUGUGAUUGUUAGUAGAGGUGAUAGAGGCCAGCUUGCGAGAUGCUCACCAUCCAUGUUUAAUGUAAGUGGGUUGGCCGAGAUUGAUGAUAACCGAAGUCAGUUUCAUACAUCCAUGGUGAACAUAGAAGAAAUGUUUAAUGGUUCGAAUAAAGACAUGGAGGCUUAUGUUAAUGACUUUCAAGAGUGUGUUGAUCUACAAAAUGAAUAUGGCGAGUCUACAAGCAGUGAGGAGGUAGACAAGGAAAUUGUUUGUAGAGACCGGCAUGAUACAGAACCUCAAGACCACGAUGGUUUGAAAGAUGUUGAUACGAUUCUUAAUGAUCAUGGUCACAGUCGACAUUCUAGCCCUGUCCAUCAGGUUUCGAGUUCCUCACCAUUGGAGCAUGAAGAACAAUGUUGCUUGAAUUCAGCCGGGGUUGAUUUUGCUACUACAAAUUUUUCAAAACUCAGUCACCAAGAACAAGGCCGAUUGAUAAUGCUUGAUAGUGAUGAGACUAAAGACACUUCACCGACAGCUAAUGAAACAUCAAUGGGUUUAAUCUCCAUUGGACGGCAGCAUAGGGUAGCCACCGAUUCAGCUUCUAUUUCUUCACAGUUUAGUUGGCAAGAUAAAAGCGUAUUGGGGACGCUCAGUAUUGAUCAAGCUGAAACAAGCACAACCACAUCAUUGGCAGCUGGUGAGGCAUCUAAAGGGUUGAUUUGCAAGGAUGGUAAUCGAACUCGGCAGCUUGAUUCUGUGCAGAUUUCUGGUUCUGUUUUUCUACAAUUUAAGCAACUGAAUCAAGGCUGUUUGAAGACACAAGGUAAGGAACGGGCUAAUAUGGGCAAGACCAAGUUGCGGAAAGUGGAGAGUGUCUUGAAAAAGGUGGUUGGUUGCAAUGAAGAGCAAAAUCGACAGACCGAUUCCAGCGGCCAUCGAGUUGGGCGAACGUCUACAAACUCUUUAUUUGGGGCCGAUUCUCUUUGUAUUGAUGCUGAAUCCGAUGAGAAUCAAGAGGAGAAAUACAUUGCUUGGGUGGAUUAUGGUGCUACUGUAGAAUGGAGGUUUAAGUUGACCGCUAAUCAGAGGAUCCUGAAAUCAUUAGCUGGUCAAGAGAAAAGGCGUUGCACUCGAGCUUAUGCCAAACUUUUUGGGUCUACACCAAAGAGGAUUAAAGCAUUUUAUGUUGAAAAGAUAGUGGCCAAAAAGGAUGAUGAUAUGAAGCUGAAGGUUGAUGAGAAUAAAGAGGGCAAUGAAGAUGAUCGGUUGAUGAAUGAUAAAGCUGAGAUAGAAGUCGUGAAGCUGAUUGAAAAAUGGCAGGUCGAGCUGCAGUUAGAAGGUGAUAAUAAUCACCCAUCUCAUGCAUUGUUAAGAGAGACCGGUGUAGCAUUAACAAUCAACGAAGAAGAGAGCUGCAAGCAAAUCGAUUCUGAUGUAGUUAGUGUGAGUGACAAGGAAGGCGCCAAAGAAAAUGGUUCUGGUACAGUCAGUAGUGCUGUCGUGGCAAAUCCAGUUCUUAAACAGUUUGGCAGCCAACCCCAGGUUCCACAUAGCAAGAUGGUUACUUCUCCAAUGAAUUCUCAAGGUCAAUUAUUGUCAAAGGAGGUCAGGAGUAAAGAUACCCUUCCUGGUUUUGAAGUUCAAGAUGUUGAGAAGCAAAAGGUCAACAGUACUUCUAGUUCUCCCAUUUCAAAUGGCCGGUUAAGUCCAAAAUCAGACCUCAGUGUUAACAUAGCUCAAGAACAGAAGAACCGUAGAAGCUAUCUGCGAUGGCAAAUAUCACAAGAGUCCAGGUCCAGCUCUAGAACUGAUAAUGACUUUAAGGGGAAGCCUCAGCCGUUGCAAAGAAGUAAGCAUGCACCAUUCUUUAAUCCGUAUUAUUCACAUUCUGCGUGGGUACCGUAUUACAUUAUGUAUCUCGUGGAAUGGUGUUAUGUGGAUCUAAGGGCCACGUGGAAUGCGUCUGGCUAG